GGUGCCGAGCACUCACUGCUCGUCGAUUCGCCGAGCGAUCGACAUCGAGUGUUCCCAGAGUAUUUACUGAGGAUUUUUCGUUCCCUCGAGGAGCCGUCGUAGAAAGGAGAUCCGCUCUAACAGUGCUGAAAAGAUAUCUCGGCAACAUGGAAAAGGAACAGCCGGAUUCCCUAGCGACCGUCGCCGUUGUCUCCGAGAAGAUGGCUCAGCCUCACAGCAAUUACGCUCCCAGCGAGGUUUACUCUUCCGCGGAACCACCACCGGCAUACAUGAGGCCAAAGAGCACGGCAGUUCAAAUCGCGAGGAUCGCGGCUGUCACUUUGGUGACAAUGUCCAUCGUCCUAGGAAGCUUCAUUCUCGCUGCUUCCUGGGUCCAAGCUCGUGCAUCAUGCACUCCCGAAUCGAUAGCCGCGAUGCAGGCGGAACUGAGGCUUCAGCAACAGCAACAACAACAGCAAUCGUCUAUUAAUUACCAGCAGGGAGAAUUCCUAAAGCAUUUGCAGCCUGAAGCGCUUAUUCAGGAUACAAGUGAAACAAAGGAACCGCAACAAACUCUGGUCGAUCAAACGCCUACGAAAGAGGCUGCUGAGCCAGACACAAAAGACAUUAAACUUCAGAAAGAAGACGAAAACAAUUCGAAAUCAGACAGCGACAGCAGUGAUCACGAAGAUGAUGACGAUGACUACGAUGACGACGAGUUCCCACCUAUGCAUAUUAAACUGCCCCUUCAGUUUAAUUUCGAUGAUAUUGCGGGCACUCUAAUUCAAGAAGCACGCAGCAGAGUAUCUUGCGUAGUUGAAAGACGAAGAGCCGAUCAAGUGAUGGACGGUGAUAACAACAAGAUCGAGAAUAGCACUGAUUCUCGCUACCAAAGGCUCAGCGGAGAACGCGUUGCUAUCCUUUGCGAAUCUGGAAAUCCCCAACAGGAACAUCAAGAUCAAGAGAUGCUUACCCCGAUUAUUAUUCCUCUGGGAACCGUUCAAGUACCUCUUCAGUCUCAGGACAUGAAUCCAGGUUACCAUCAAUACCAAGUGCACCCUCAGUAUCAAGUUCCCGAUAUGCAACAGCUGCCUUUGAGCGAUCCACGUGGAUUGAACCACAUUCCACCUGGUGUUCUUCCUCCUGAAUUGCGACAUCUUCCUCAAGUGAACACUGAAAUGAGGCCACCACGAAUUGGACUGCAGACACCAAUGAUGGGACCGCAAAAUCCCGCGAUGGGACCACAAAUCGAAGUGCGUCGAAUCCCCAUCGAGCUGCGUCCCUUCCCGGUGAACUCCGUCAGAGGAAUGCGCCCGCCAAUGCCUCAGGAACCUCAAAUGAUAUUCCAACAAGUCGAACAGACUCCCGGCGGGGCGUAUGGUCAAGAACAAGGACCGGUCAUGAUGCCUCCACCAGUACCGCAGCCGGAGGCUCAAGUUCACGAACAAAGGGUUAUCUCGCACAUGAUGAUCCCACAAACAGAGCAGCGACCGCCCCAACCCCAGAUGCAACCCCAGAUGCAACCUCAGAUGCAACCACAGAUGCAACCGCAGAUGCAACCACAGAUGCCACCUCAAAUGCCACCUCAGCUGCAACCUCAGCCACAGCCUCAGCCACAGCCUCAGCAGGAGCCGCAGCCUCAGAUUCCCGAGAGACCACGUUCUCCCUUCCAAGGAAUUCCAUUCGAAAUUCGUAGGAUUAUUCAGCAGGUGCCUUUGGAGAUCAAAAAUAUCAUCCAGCAUAUCACUGGCGAAGCAAGACCGGUUCCUGUGCAGGUACCCGAAGGUGCUCGUCGCGAGAACGUUCAAGAGUUUAAACCGUUCCCGGAAGGAGCACAGCCCAUCCCUGUGGGACUUCCACUUCCGAUAGAGGUCAGAAACCUAUUGGAACAUGGAAACAUCGAGGGUCGUCAGAGACCGGACGGAUCACACGAACAACAGGAAGCUAAACCUUUCCCUGGACCGGAAGACGAUAGCGAGGAGGAGAGGAACUUCCCUGUACCAGCGGAAAUUCGUAAUAUUAUUCACCAGGUUGUCGAAGGAAAUGCUUUCCCCGUGCCAAGAUUCAUGCUUCCGUUGAGACCUGUAGAUUCGUUGGAUAUACCCGUUGAAGCUCGUGCCGAAGUAACUGAUGGCCAAAGCUCUGAGCAAGAACCGGAGCAAGCACAGCAACAGGAGCAACAGCAGCAAAAUCACAAGAUGUUGCAAGAACAAUACCAGGAAAUGCAGCAGCAUAACCAAAAGCAACCAGAGUCGGCAGAGCAAAGUCGUCCGCACUAUGUACAGCCACGUUCGGUGCGAUCUAUUCCAGAAGCGUUCAGCCACCGCCGCGAGAAACGCGUUCGUCGUUGCGCAUGUGACUGCGCUUGCUAAUUCCACCUUUAAUCGGAUGUCCCGUUGUGCCUGGCCGAACAAAACGUUCUAAAAGGAGAAAACAUCCACCCGGGAGCACAAGUGACGAGUUUAUGCGAUUGAAACAGGAUAGGAUACAUUGCACUCCUUCAUUUGAAUUUCGCAUUUUUAUAAGCUUCGAUCGCAAACACACGACUGGACAUCGAACAAGAGAAAUCGAAACGCAUCAAAUGCGUUGUGUUUCGGUUAAGUUGAUUGUGCUACUUUGCUAGAGACAAGAAACGAUGAAGCAAUUAAAGGAAUCGGAGUUGCUUUGGCGACAUUAAUAUUUUCGCUACGGGGCUGCUUUUCGCAAAUUUAUAUACCACGGUGUGAAUUUGUUGAUCUUUUUUAUACUGUAAAGAUGUAGCACCUGUUACCUUUUUAUACUAUAAAAGCUAUUGGAACUUUUUUGAAAUCGAUCGAAAUUAAUAUGUAACGAAUUGUGUAGAUAAAUUCAGGUCGGAGUGAUCAGAUUUUAGUAGUAGACUCAACCAGAGUUGUCAAUUAUUGCAAAAUUUUGCCCGUGGUCACCUUUAAUAUACAGCAGACGUUGGUAAUUGAUCGAUUGUAGUCACCUUUAGUAACGAAAGGGUUGCAAAAUAUCUAGAUUUCAUAACGAACGUUAAAAUGCCCAAUUAGUAGAAAGAAGAUGUACUCGUACCACUGAUAUUUUUUGAGCUAACAUACCUGUAUCGUAGUUGGCGUAUUAAUUUCGUUAUCAUCAGACUGCGGAUCUUCGCGCACAUACUUAUAUCUCACAAAAAUGUGUAAGGAAAUUACAAAAGUACAAAAUUCUAUGAGAACGAACUCAGAAAUGAUAUUUUACUUGAUUUCCGGAUCGUUUGAUCUGUCUAAGAAAUUCUACGUUUGCAUAACACCGUCCACAGUUCAGUUAUAUUAUUUUCUUCAGCGCGUGAUAACGGCUACAAGUAGAAAGCAAAGGGAAGGUAGAAAUAAGUCUGUGAUUGUUCCAUUCGCUUACAGUAAAAUCAAGAAAAUUUUGGUCGCAAUUAGAUACGAGCGCGUUUGGAACAUGAGCAAUUUGAAAGAAUAGCGCGUAAUAAAUCGAGUGCUUAAAUGUUUUACUGUGUAUUAACAUUUUCCAUCGGAUACUUUAUUGCGAAUUAAUAUUCUGCAUCAGUUGUCUUGUAAAGAAUUUAUUAUAUUUAAGCAGAAAUAAAGUUUAAUAAUUCGACUGUGAAGUAAGAUAAUUCGUUUAGCUUCGAAUGACACUUCUAAACCCGAAUUUUGAUCAACUCCUCGCAUCUACACAAAAUUGUUUAAGGUGUAGACAUUUUAUUAUUCUGUAUUUUUGUAUUGUAUACGUACACAUAUAUUUUUUCAUGACAAUUAAUAAAGCGACAAGAUUAUUGGUUAGAUUAGAUUCUACAUAAACAUUUUCUUUUUAUUUUCCAUUCAGCCCUUCAACUCGUAAUGAUUGUAUCACUAAAGAAACGGUAGCAAUAAUUCAUGUUAAUGUAAAUAUGAUAUUUUUAAUUUGCAUUAAACAAUAACUGCUAUUAAUACUAUCUAAAUAUUAUUUUUCUCUAACGUUUUUUUAGAGAUUAAUAGAACAUAAAGGUGACGGAAAAAUAUUUAAAAUUUGUUGAAGUAGAAAAUUAAGCGAUAAGUACAGUUAAUAUUAAAGUAUUAAUAAAUAAAUAAAAAAUAAAUAAUACAAAACUUUCUUAAGGGUAGACAUUCGAAUGAGGUGAACAUUUGUGAAACUGAAUAUUACUAUUUCUGUAAUCAGAGUACUAACCCGACUGAACAGUACCGGACAAAAAUUUGGGAGUCAUUAAACUUAAAUGAUUACAAAAUACUACAAUGAUUUACGAAAAGCUAAGAACUAAAAUCUUUCUUAAAAAAUAUUAGCAUUCAAUGAGGAAAAGAUGUAAUCGAAAAUUGCAAGUGAUUCCAAACUUUUGCUCGGUAAUGUAUACAUACCUACGUAUACGUUAUUUUCUGCAAGUUUAGGCGACUAUAAUUCAAUUGAACUGCAGCUUUAUUCAAAUGAAAUUCUUGGGCUACAAAUCAUAUAACUGUAUUAUGCUGCUUGAAACAACUCAUGUAAUAAGUAAUUGUAACUUUUUCAAAUUUAUAACUCAAAACUACUUUUAUAUUGUUAACACGGGUAAAUGAGUCAAGAUACACAAUUGCUUCUCUUCUUUUAAUUAAUGCGUAUACAUUAAAAUUAAGAAGUACUAAAUAAUGUAAACAUCGAUUUUUAUGGACUAUUUCACUACUAGUAUUAUACAUAGCUUUUCUGGGUUUAAAAGAAAAUAAAAAUUGUAUUGAAUACUA